AUGGUUUCGGCAGGCUACGGUCACACCGUGCUUCUCCGAAGUGACGGCCACGUUGUUGCUGUCGGACUGAAAUCUUACGGACAAACAGAUAUUCCACCUUUGCCUUUGCACGGGGGCGCUACAUACACUCAAAUUUCUGCAGGGUUUUACCAUACAGUAUUUCUCCGAAGUGAUGGCCAGGCUGUUGGGUGCGGAGAAGCUUCUCUCGCUCGGCGCGAGAUUCCGCCUUUGGAUGUGGGAGUGAAAUACAUCCAGGUUUCUGCAGGUUUUUGCCACACCGCGUUUCUCCGCAGUGAUGGUCGUGCUGUUGCGUGCGGAGAGGAUCGCGACGGACGGUGCAGCAUUCCUCCGACUCCUGAGGAUGUGACGUACACCCAGGUUUCUGCAGGCUAUCGUCACACCGUGCUUCUACUGAGUGAUGGUAGUGCUCUUGCUUGCGGAUUCAAUGAUAGCGGACAAUGCGACAUUCCACCCUUGGCUAAGGGCAUUACAUACACCCAAGUUUCUGCAGGUCAUCAGCAUACAGUGCUUCUCCGCAGUGACGGGCGUGCUGUUGCGUGUGGGUGCACUGAUGACGGACAAUGCGACAUUCCACCCUUGGGUGACGGUGUGAGAUACACCCAGGUUUUUGCAGGUGGUAUUCAUACAGUGCUUCUCCGAAGUGAUGGCCAUGUUGUUUCUUGCGGAAUGAGUACUUUGGGACGAUGCGACAUUCCACCGUUGAGUCGGGGACUGCGAUAUACCCAGGUUGCUGCAGGUGCUGCUCAUACAGUGCUUCUCCGCAGUGACGGCGAGGCAGUUGCUUGUGGAUCGAAUACUUUUGGGCAGUGUUCUAUUCCGCCUGUGAAAUCUUGGUGUGAUUGGCUUUGGACCUCACCCAGCCGCCUUCGAUACAUUUCUGAUGUGAAGUGA